CUCUCUCCACCUUUGUAGUUCUCCUCUGAUCCCUUUCUCUCUCCUCUCGUCCCCAUCCACCACUCCCUCCACCUCCACGGUUCCACCCAAAAACCUACCCCAAGAGGGGAGAAAGGGGAGAUUGUUUAAUGGUUGGUGCUACGAAAUGUGGCUAAAAUUUGGGCGAAUUCUCGUACCAAUUCGGAUUCCGGAGGAGGUUCCGCAGAUUCUUCCUUGGAGGAGAUAAAUAUAAUAAGAAAUGCAUUCCUCCGAAAAGAACUUGGUUUUCUAUACAUCGAAAAAGUCACCUAUCCUCAAGAAGGAGCUCCAAUCCAAUCUCAAUUCUUCAUCGUUAAGCAAGCAUCAUCGUAAAUUUCUCAAUAAUGCCCGCAAAAAUACCCGAUACUCUCAUUUAAGGAAAAAGAGAAUAAGGAAGAACAUUCAGAACAGCAAGCUAGUAAGAUCCCAGCAGAAAGUAGCCGAAUGUAGUUCUAUUACAGGUCGCGAUUUCUUACCAUCCACAUCCAAGCAGAGUAGAUCUAUGGCUUUUGGAGGACAUUCAAAGUCUAAAGCUCAUCAUGCCGUGACAAAAGUUAACAAAAAGAAAAGGCGAAGAAAUAAGAGAGACAAAGGGGAUUGGGAUGAGGCCUCUCGUUUAAGGAGUAGAGCUAGGUACCUUCUAAUUAAAAUGAAACACGCGCAAAAUCUUAUUGAUGCAUACUCGGGAGAUGGCUGGAACGGGCAAAGUCGUGAAAAAAUUAAGCCGGAAAAGGAGCUGCAAAGAGCUGAGAAGCAGAUUUUGAAUUGUAGGCAUGGAAUUCGAGAUGUGAUUCGUCAACUUGAUUUGCUUAGUUCCGUAGGAAGCAUCGAAGAUUCUGUGAUGUAUCCUGAUGGAUCUGUUUUCCAUGAACAUAUCUUUUGUGCAAAAUGCAAAUCUCGUGAAGCUUUUCCAGAAAAUGACAUUAUACUAUGUGAUGGGUCUUGCAACUGUGGAUUUCACCAGAAAUGUUUGGAGCCUCCUCUAGAAAAAAUUCCUCCGGGCGAUCAAGGAUGGCUUUGCAAAUUUUGUGAUAGUAAGCUGGAAAUUCUAGAAACUAUCAAUGCACAUCUAUCCAAAAACUUCUCUAUAAACAGUAGCUGGGAGGAUAUUUUCAAGGAAGAAGUUAACCGUCCCGAAGCUAACAAUUCAUAUCUAAACCCUGCUGAUGAGUGGCCGUCUGAGGAUUCUGAAGAUGAGGAUUAUGAUCCCGAAUCCAAUGAGAAUAGCGGAGAAAAAAUUGGUGGUGAUGAAAGUUUCUCGAAUGAUUCUAGCAGUUCAUGUAGCCUAUUUUAUUCGUCCGAUGACGCUAUCUCUUAUGGUGAAUCAGAGCAUCAUAUUGAUGCUGAUUUUGUUGAUUUAAUUGUAAAUACGGAUACUGGUGAAAUUAAUAGCUGUGAGACAGUGAGCUACAGGAGGCAGCGUAGAGAUGUUGACUACAAAAAACUUCACGAUGAAAUGUUUGGAAAAGAUCUUGCUGAAAAUGAAGAACAGAGUGAAGAUGAAGAUUGGGGCCCACACAAGAGAAAGAAAAGAAAAAUAGAAUCAGAUGCUGAUACAAAUGUCGACAAUUCUGGGAAUGAGGAUACAUGUUCGAAAAUGAUAGGAGAGAAAAUAUCACAUGACAAGAAACGGCUUUUCAGGAUUCCACCUAAUGCAGUCCAGAGACUUCGUGAAGUGUUUGCUGAGAACGAACUACCUUCAAAGGAUGUCAGAGAGAAUCUGUCAAAGCAACUGGGUCUUUCAGCUGAGAAGGUUGGCAAGUGGUUUAAAAAUGCCCGUUAUACUGCUCUUAAAAUCAGAAAGGCCGGAAUAACAAAAGUUUCCGAUGCAACUCUUGUCCCAAAAAGCUCAAGAUUUAGUCAUGGAAAAGCCGAAAUUUCUGCGGGAGUUGCGUCGAUGGACAAUUCUUAUUACCUACCCCUAUCGGCCAUUAUCCGCGUAGGAAAGAAUUUGAAAAGAAAUCUUCCUGAAAGGAAUAAAAAGUCGCCAACUAACCUUUUCAGGAAGCACCCGAAGAAAGCAACCAAUGGACGGUCUUUCGAUAAAAUCCAGGCCAUUAUUCCCGAGAGUCGAUCUCUCUCGAAGAGACAUCUGAUCGAACAUCCGAGAAAACAGCGUACUUCGGAGACGACAUUUGUCGGCGGCAGAACAUCUGCCUCUCCAGCAGAGAAAAAGGCCGAAGAGGAUCGUCUUUACUUCCACGUGCUCGAAAGGAUUUGCGCUCUUCAAGACAGGAUUCGGAGCAUGAAGAAGGCUUUUGAAUCGCGCGAAGAUACCGAGCAUUUACCGGCGAAACCGAAUUCAGUAGUGAAAAAUGUGAUCUAUGUACCAGUGGCUGAACUGAAAGAGAAGACAUUAUAGUGAAUCAUGUCAAGAUCGUCAUCAUGUUCCAAAUACUGGUGAUGUUGCUGAUGUUAAUUGGCUCGGCACUACUUUCGAUGAAAAAUAUUCCUACCAAUUGUGCUGUGCAGGAUAAAUUAUUAAAAAUCGAGUCCAGUGCGUGAAA